GUGCGCUUUUGUGAGAGAAACGAAGAUCGUGAUUGCCUGGUAAACUGGAUGUGGACAUGAAGUUUAGCUUUGCAUUGAGUUAUAGUUAAAUCUAUACAGUUUUAUUAGUAAUUCCGUUGAUGACAGCGCACCAGGAUGAGAUGAGUUUACUGCACAUCAAACUGUGUGACAGCUGUCAUGAAUAAGUGAAACAUAUAAAGUGCUGCGGCCAUGAAUACUAUAGGAGUUUCCUUUUUAGAUCCCUUGGAUGAUUAUGAGAUUAUUCAACUGAUCGGGAGCGGCACUUAUGGAGAAGUCUUUAAGGCUAGAAACAUUAGGAGCUCAGAAAUGGCUGCUAUCAAAAUUGUUAAACUCGAUCCAGGUGAUGACAUCACCUCCAUCCAGCAGGAGAUAACAAUGAUGAAGGAGUGUAAGCACAAGAACAUUGUGGCCUAUUAUGGCACUUACCACAGGAAUAGUAAAUUGUGGAUCUGCAUGGAAUAUUGUGGGGGAGGAUCAUUGCAGGAUAUCUAUCAAGUAACCGGACCUUUAAAGGAAAAACAGAUUGCUUACGUCUGCAGGGAAACACUCCAGGGAUUGAAUCAUCUUCAUGAGACAGGCAAAAUACACAGAGACAUUAAGGGAGCUAAUAUUCUUCUUACUGAUCGAGGAGAUGUAAAAUUGGCUGAUUUUGGGGUUGCGGCUGAGAUCAGUGCCUCUGUUGCCAAAAGGAAGUCCUUCAUAGGAACUCCCUACUGGAUGGCCCCUGAGGUGGCAGCAGUGGAAAAGAAGGGCGGAUACAACCAUCUGUGUGAUAUCUGGGCAGUGGGCAUCACCGCCAUUGAGCUGGCAGAGCUACAGCCACCAAUGUUUGACCUUCAUCCCAUGCGUGCUCUGAUGCUGAUGUCUAAGAGCAGCUUCCAGCCUCCCAAACUAAAAGACAAGAGCAAAUGGCCUGCAGGGUUUCAUAGCUUUGUGAAGAUGUGUUUAAUCAAAAGUCCUCGCAAGAGGCCGACAGCAGAAACUCUUCUCCAGCACCCCUUUGUAACACAGUUACUCACCAGAAAACUGAUGAUUGAGCUGCUGGACAUGGCAAGUAACCCGGACCUCCAUCAUCCACUCAGUCCUGAAGAGAAUGACGAGGCAAGUGAUACAGCCCCAGAUACAAUUCCGUCCAAAGGGAAACAUAUGCCGGUGGAAAGAAGUUUAUCAGAAGAACGAUUUGACCAGGUUAAAUUUACCCCUCCCAGGAGAAAAGAGACUGAACCCUAUCCUGACUUGGGAUCGUGUGAUGAUUGGAGCAUAUCUGGAGAUGAACCAGAGUCACCGGGUCUUUUUGAAAGAGUGGAGGAGGAGUUACAGCAUAGAAGCUUGACAGUAAAAAGACACUCAUAUUUUGAGUGGAGUAAGAGGAAAAGUGGACUGUUCAGCCCACCACCUGUCUCUUCAACAACAUCACUUCCUCCCAUGAGCUCUUUAGACUUAAAUCUGGAGGACAAGGACCUUACGCCUCGACCCAGUGCUACUCUAUGCCCUGAAACUGUAUUAAAUCCAAAAUCAGCGUUGUUGAGGUGUUCAGGCAGUCAGGAUGUGCGGCACUGGUACAGUGACCCUUAUGUUCCUGAUGAUAAUGACACACAGGACAAACAGAGGACUCUUACAAGGACUUUGAGCAGAGACACGGCUAUUUCUCCAGAGUGGAGCACCAUGAGGAAGAAAACAGAGGACUCUAGAGCAGAUUCUCACGGACUUCCUCCCACUCCCCAAGUCUAUAUGGGGGCCUGUUUUACUAAAGUCUUCAAUGGAUGUCCACUGAAAAUUCAUUGUGCAGAGACAUGGGUUUUGCCCAAAACAAGAGAUCAAUAUUUAAUUCUGGGUGCAGAGGAGGGUGUUUAUAUCCUUAACUUAAAUGAACUGCAUGAAGACACUUUAGAAAAGUUGCUUCCACAGAGAUGUACUUGGCUUUAUGUCAUGAACAAUGUCUUAAUGUCCAUCUCUGGUAAAUCGUCUCAUCUCUACUCUCAUAGACUGACAGCUCUGUUUGAACAGCGAGGACAUUUACAGAGGAAACAGGGUCACAUGUCCCUCGGCACCAACCGCUUCACAGAACGGAUCAUCCACAGGAAGUUUGCUGUGUCAGUGAAGAUUGCAGACACUAAGGGCAGUCGGAAGUGUAGCGUGGCUCGUAACCCAUACACAGACAGCACGUUCUUGUGUGCUGCAGUUCCCUCUGGUCUUGUACUACUGUUGUGGUAUGAACCGCUGCAGAAGUUUAUGCACCUCAAGCACAUUGCCGUGCCCCUACCGGACCCAUUGCCUAUCUUUGAGCUGCUGGUGUUAAUGACAGAUGAGCUUCCUCAGCUCUGUGUGGGUGUCCAGGAAAGCCUCCAACAGCAAAACGAUCGACAGCUAAAGUUUGACAUCAUCCAUCUGAACGGCACGCCAAACCCUCAGCAAGACAGUGAGAAAAUAAGAGCUGUACAAGUGACACAGCUGGACAGAGACACAGUGUUAAUUGCACUGGAAAAAACGGUGAAGAUUGUCAAUAUGCAGGGGGUCCCCAGCAAGGAGUUAGCAUCCGAACUGGAGUUUGACUUCCCUAUUGAAACUUUAGUUUGUUUAGAAGAAAGUGUUAUAGCUUUCUGGAAACAUGGACUUAAAGGACUUAAUCUUCACAACUGUGAGAUAACACAGGAAAUCACAGACACAAGCCGUCAGUUCAAAGUUUUAGGCACACACAGAGACAUUGUUUUGCAAAGCACCCCAACUGAAAACCCUUCAGCCACUAGCAAUUUAUAUAUUUUAACAGGUCAUGAAAGCAGUUACUGAGGAAAGCCAGUGGUCGGAAACUGUAAAUAACAUGCAUGACAACAUUAUGAGCAUUUGAGAGCCAGAAUGCAUGACAACUUUUAAUACAGAGACUUUUAGAGCUGUGCAUCUGCCCUAUGUGUCUGUGCAAACACGGUCAUUCAGUCGAUCAAACUGGUACACAUUGUGAGGGUACAGAAAGGAAAGCCCAAAGCCUUGGCUCUUUUAUUUGUUCCUCUAAAGGGGGUUUGAUCAUUGUUGUCAAUGUAUCUUGCAUGAAAUAAUCUGGAUUAAACAAUUCUAUUUAAAUUAAAA